AUGGGACGUUGCCCCCCAUACAUGCCUUCGUAUGGCUGUGAACAUCUUAACCGGGACAUCCUGAACACCAUUAAAUCAGUUCGCGAGUCGCGUUCGAAUUGGCUCGAAGACCUUGUGCACUAUACUUGCCUCGAUUGCGAGGAGACUGGCUCAUUCAUCACACUCAAUAAGCACCAUGAGGCAACCAAACAUGGCUUUGCCGUUAAUGCAAAGCAUCUAUACUGUAUGAGGUGUCGCGAUCUCGUGUAUGACCCAAGCACUUUCAAGUCUCGAAAACGCAAACAGCUUCAACUAUCAGAGGAAGAUGAAACCUAUAUCUCGACAAACACCGUACCUAAGCCUUGUGGUCGGGAAGGUGUGCGAGGCUUGUUCAACCUAGGAGAGACAUGCUAUAUGAAUGCUGUGCUGCAGAUGAUGGUUCACAACAAUCUUCUUGCACAGUAUUUUCUAGGUAUGGGCCAUCCAGUCCAUACAUGCCCCAUCUCAAGAGAGCCCGAGAAGAAGAACGACUCCGACGAUUCAGAGGACGAGCUAGCAGAAGACAAGGAGCAGAAAACUUGUGUAGCCUGUGCUAUGACCGAGGUCUUUUCCGAUGCCAACACAGUUGACCAGCCAGUUCCUGCCCAUGCUGUCAAUUUGCUAUUCGCAUCAUGGAAGCACAUACCUAUCAUGUCCGGCAAGGGUCAACAGGAUGCACAAGAGUGGUUUACUAUCAUUAUUGAUAAACUCCAUGAAUCUGCCGUAAACCCUUCACAGAAUCCAGCGUUCAAACCAAAUCACAAGAAACAUUGUCUGUGCUUCUUCCACAAGGUCUUCUACGGCCGCUUCUUAUCCGAUGUGGCUUGUGACGUUUGUCACAAAACGACAACCACUGAAUCCGAGUAUUCCUCGAUCGAUCUCGACUUUCAGAAACAGAAGAAGAGGAAGAAAAAGCUAAUGAAGGAAGCUGCAGCCGCAUCAGCUCCUCCACCCGCUAGUUCAGCAAACGCUGCAAAUAGAAGAGCUGCUGCAGCUGCAGUACAACAACUACCGCCACCCGUGCCUACCCUGUCCGAGUGUCUGAAAGCAUACACAUCUCCCGAAGCACUAUUCCAAGAGUCCCAGCAAAUAGAUUGCCAGACCUGUAAGCGCAAGACCACGGCCCAGAAAUGUACACGUGUACGAAAACUGCCUGCUAUCUUGACAAUGCAUGUCAAGCGCUUUGGUAUGAAGAAGCCGCCGGGUGCUACGACUGGGUCGAACGGUCUUGUAUCCUCCCUGAUCGGCACGCCUGAAAAGUAUGAAGGCAAACUUGAUUUUCCUCUCGUUCUAGACAUGCAUCCCUACACCACUCAUGCACAGCCGAAUGGCUCCUAUCGAGAUCGACAACAUUGCAUCUACGAUCUAGAAUGUGUGGUUGUGCAUCAGGGUGAUCACGCCCACACUGGCCACUACUACGCGUUCUGCCGUGUAGCAGUUGGAGAAGGCAAAGAGAUGAAAUGGUUCAAGUUCGACGAUGAGAUUGUGAGCGCAACGACGACUGAGGAAGUUCUCAGACAGGAGGCAUACCUUCUGUUCUACGGCUUAAGAGACAUCCCAAGCGUUUGUGGACCAUCAGUGAAUGGCGAAACGAACGGGAAGCACGCUAAUGGGACUACCAAUGGUGACGUGAAAAUGGAAGAAAGCUAA